UCCUAUAGUCUGUCUGACAAAUUCUUUUCAAUACAAAAAUGGCUGCUGUACAACAAAAUUUUUCAAAAAUGAUAUCUGCACAGCUACGCAAUAAAGCAAAUGAGUUUUUGAACUCUAGAAAACAUGCUAAUAACCUUGCCGACAUACUACAGAUGUUCGAGGCUGAAACGGAUAACUAUACGCCCUUGUUGCUCACUGUGGAAGUGAUAUUUACUGAACUGUUACGACGUGGUGAUCUGAUUGAAGGAAUAGUCCCAUUAAAACCAGCAGACCACAGUCCAGAGGGAGAAUACAAGCGAUGGCUCCGGCAGUGCUUCGAGGCGGCUCAGACGCGCGCUCUGGAGUGCAUCCGCCGCGGCCGCACCAGCUCGCGGCUGCAGGCGCUCGUCACUGCCUGCAAGCUCAUGCAGGCCGAGGGCAAGCACCCACUGGAACAAUCCACCGGAUACUACUUCCCUUCUAUAAGGCUCAAGAACAUAUUCACUGUGUUACUGGACUCUGAGCUGUCGAUGUCGGCGCCGAUAGCUCGUUUCCAGGAAUUCACUGAGUACAGAGAUGUGCAGCAGUACGGACUCAAAGUUCUCUCCACACUGGCUUAUCGCAAGUCACCAACAUCAAUAUACAUGCAAAACUACUUGGAGUUGUUGGACCGCCUGCUGGUAUGCGAGAUAACCACUGAACCCAGGGCCAAGGCCAAGGAGCGAGACAAUGAAGAGAAGGAGGAGAAGCUGCUGUGCGGAGCUGAAGACAAGGCCCCGUUCCCGUACAACCCUGGCGUGUGCCGUCGCUACGCUAACCGCUGCUGGGGCUUCGCGUGCCAGUGGCCGCUGUGCGAGGACUCGCGCGUGCACCGCCGCGCGCUGCUGCUGCUGGUGGAGCGCCUCAUGCCGCUGCUGGCCAGGCCGCACCUCGCCACCGACAUGCUCUGCGACAGCCUCGACGCCGGUGGUCCAAUCAGUAUGCUAGCGCUGCAGGGCGUGCUGGAGCUAGUGCGGCGCCACAACAUCGACUAUCCGGACAUGUACGACCGCCUCUACGCUAUGUUCGAGCCCGAGAUGUUCGCCACCCGCUACAAGAAACGUUUGUUGCAUCUCGCUGACAUAUUUUUAAGCUCCACUCACCUACCCGAAGGCCUGGUUGCGGCGUUCGCAAAGCGACUAGCGCGGCUGGCACUAUUGGCUGCGGCGGAUGACGCGGCCGCAUUGCUGCAGCUGCUGCACAACCUGCUGCUGCGGCACCCCGCGCUGAAGCGCAUGAUCUGCCACGAGGACUCGCCGGCUAUCAUGUCGAACGACCCGUACGUGAUGGAGGAGACGUGUGCGGGCGCGUCCCGCGCGCUGGGCUCGUCGCUGUGGGAGGUGUGGGCGCUGCGGCGGCACGCGGCGCCCGCGCUGGCCGCCGCCGCCGCCGCCGUGUUCGCGGCCGCCGACCCGCGCGCCACGCCCGUCGCGCUGGCGCCGCCAGACCUCGCCGCGUCAUUCGACGCUGAACUAAAGAAGAGGUUCAAGACGAUAGAGAUGAACUUCGUGCGACCGCAGGGCAUGACGACGCCGUCUGGAGAGCGCGUGAUGCAGUACUGGGAGCUGAUGGCCUGAGCGCGCUGAGGUAACACUGUCGACUCGCAUUUACAAAGCGCCGGUCGCCCGGACCAAACCUCUCGCCGCUAGGGCAAGCACUAUUUAUUUCACUAACAACCAGGUUGCUUGCAAAUUAUGUUGAUUUUCUAAUUCGUUAGACGACAAACAAACUGACACGUGGGCGUAUUAUAAGAGUAUUGUUUGGUUUUAGAUUUUGUUUAAACUGAGCUUUUGAUAUUAGCAUGUACGCAUAUUAUUCUGGAUUAACAUUUAUUUAGAGUGCAAUAGGCAAUCAUGUUAUGUAUCUCUUAAAGGGUAAAAUUGUUUCCCUUCUAUAGUAACUUUUAUUGUAUUGGAGUUUAGUGACCUUCGCAUGAUUUCUAAUCGGUAUGAAUUAUCGGUCGCAAACAGGCGUCAAAAUUGUAUGAUCGAAGAUAUUUGAUCAUUCAAUUUCGAUAUUAACCAGUUGAAACUGUUCUGUGACACACCGUUUUCUGAGACUACCAUCAUCAAUGAUUGGCCUAAAUAGCAAAAUUAUGUUCCGCUUAACUAUUGUUCAGAAUUAAAAUGUACCUUACAUUUUAAUUCUGAACUUAUGCUCCUUUACAGAUUAUUUAGAUAUACAACAAUCCUACUUGUAUUGGUAGCGAAGCGUUUUAUGUAUCGCCAGUAAGACCAGACUCCACUUCCUAACAUACACAACAUAAUGAUAUGAUAUAAAGUCGCUAGUUAUAAGGUUUUGAAUAAAUUUUGCACUUUAAUGUUAAAGUUGUAACGUAGGUGAGUUUAAUGUUGUAGAUCGGUUAUAAUUUUAUUUUUUUACGAACGAAAUGUUGCGUCUGUGAUUGUUGGGCCCGGCGUCGGUAGCAAGCUUUACGUUUACCCCUUUAUUUAUAUUAACAUUGUUCUUGUUGUUGAUAUGGACAUAAUAAAACGAUGCCAGCUAUAUGACGGCUUGCGUUUACUUAGGUAUUUGGUGAUGUAAUCCCACUGUUGGACUGUUGACAAAUGACAUAAAUUAACCUUUCAAAGAGGGAUUGACUUGAAUGUUACACAUCGGUAAUGUUCUCCUAGUAAUAAGUAAAUUAUGUCUGUGUAGUUAAGUAUUAACUAAUUUAUUGUUUGUUUUGUAGUCGGAAGACUUAAAGCUAACUAUCGACACUCGGGUGUGUCUGCGCCGCACACUGGAUUUAUAAAACUCUUGUGCGGAACAGCGCUUAGUUUGUAUAGGAAUAGCUAGUGACUAGUGUGUGUCAGACUGAAUAUUAUACCAUUUUUUUGCCAGGGAUGGCAACCACAAUACAUUACCAAAAAAUAUUUACGUAUAAAUGAAAUAUUCACGGAGUACUUGACAAAUGGAGUGCUUACAUGAAAUUUUCUGAUAAACGACGUUGUCGAGUUUAUGCCUGGCUUAUAAUACAGGGUGUCUUUUCAUGAGUCAGAACCAAAUUAAACUGUAGACAUUUUAAAAUUGUGUCGUCAAGCUGAUGCAGAAUAUUUAAAUUCCAGAUUAACUUUAAUCAGGCUCCAAAUUGAACCAAGUAUCUCACAGUGUUCACUGAUAUUUUAGCAUGAUUAUCGUUUAAUUCUCCGGAGAAACAGGCACUCCUCGCGUUAAUGACUCCGUGUGCAAAGGACCGAGACUUCUGACACGCCUAGUUCACUUGGAUCGCGAUGGAAGGUCCGUUAGUUAACGUUACUGGCAUAGAGUACUGUCUUCCCCACACACCUGCAGUUAGUUUCAUUCCAAUGAGAUCACUUACUUCCUAUUUUUGACUUAAGAUUUCAUGUAAAUUAAGAAUUUAUUUUGUUAACAAUUAGAUUUAAAUCUGAUGGCUUCCUGUUCGGGCGUAGCGAAUGAUGGCUGAUGUUUUAGUGUUGCAAGGUGAUGGAUUCAGAUAGAUUUAUACUUGUAUAGUAUUAUUGUAAAGAGAGAUGUCUAUUAAAAAAGUUUACUGACAUCGCAUCUCGCUACUCCUAACAGGGCACCAACUAAAUUGUCCUGUAUCAUGUAUAUACUAUUUGUAUCAGGUAUUGUGACAAGUAACCGCCAUAUUUAUUUAACUUUAUUGUGUUAUGUUUAAUGUUUGGAGAAGCCUCGCAGUCUUGGGCGCGGACGGCCAUUGAAUGUAAAAUGGGCCAAUAUAUUAUAACUUUAAUUAAACUUACUACAUGCAUUCUCUAAGGGUUACAUGUUGUAACCAGUCUUCCCACAGCUACAUUUAAAAUUGUUUUCGUACAAUAACAAUAUUUGUCGGAUAACUUCAAUUAAAUUGAUAAUCACGACUAAACUAUCAUAUUUCUGCUGACAAACGAAAGCCAGUUGCAGGAUAACACAGCUGCAGGAGAGCUAUGAUUUGUGGAACAAAAUAUUUAUGCUUAAUGGGCGGAGCGUAUUGAAGUACCGCCCAUAAAACAUGUUUUAGAACCUGUAUUUACCGAAGUAUAAAUACAGGCAAAUAAAUAUAAGCAUAAGAUUUCAAACUAGUGCAAUAUUGCUUUAAAUAAUUGUACGUCUUAUGAAAAAAAAUACUAGUCGGUCAGAAAAAUAAAAUUAAGAAGUUUAUUAAGCUCGUAAUACACAAACAUGAAUCUGAACACUGCUACCCAGUGCAUUUAGUUUGUAUAAACACGUUGAUACAACAGUGAAUAUCGCACGACUUAUGUUUAUUAUCUAUUUUAAGAAUUCACAUUAUUUUAAGUCUGUUUGGCUCAUGUAGGCAAUGGUUGAAUUUAUUGGUUUUAGUGAGCGCACAAUGGAGUCAAAACAAUUCUGUCCUUCUUACUAGACGUGUCGUUGUACAGUUCUCGAAGGUUUGUCGAUAAAUCGUCUCCAAAGCAGACUUAAGUCUUGUUUCAAAUGAGAGCGCGCCCUUAGUGUUGAGCACAGCAUCCAUUGUGUACAUGAGGUAUAUACUAAGCGUAGAUACUAACCCCACCAGUGAAUGUCUUAAUGUAAUAUAGAAUCUCUAUGUUGGAAGUAGCCGCCGCGCCCGCCGCAUCUUAUUGUGAUUAUGUUGAAACAAAAUGUUAGCUGUAAGUUAGUUAUAAGCCAUUAUUUUAAUAUCAUUCAUUUAAUGUUCUAUUAUUAUAUUCAUGAUAAAUAAAAGUAUUAUAAAAUA